CGCACCGCAAUCACAGUCCGAGUUGUCCUCGAGACACAUGCUCACUCACACACACACACACACACAGAAUCAGAGUGACCCAAAUCUGCCAUCGCUCUAAGCAAGGAUGAGAUCGCUCUACCUCCUCGGCCUGGCUCUCCCUCUCUUCCUGACUUGCAAAGGUGAGAGGGACCGGGAUGUGACCGUCACCUGCGACCCCAACAUUCACAUCGUUGGCGGAGACGUCAGCAAGUCCCAGGGCGACAAUGCGGGCAGCGUGGCCACGUUCAACUGCCCGGACGGCUACUACCCCUCGCCCGUCAUCACCACCAGGUGUCUGCGCAGCGGCAAUUGGAGCUACACCUCCCGCUAUGGACAGCCCAUCUGUAAAGAGUUUCUGUGCCCGCCGCCUGUGUUGGAGGAAGGGUUCUACUCCCCCGUCAACACGUCCUACGCCAUUGGAGAUGUCGUCACCUUGCAGUGCUAUGAGGGGUACUCGCUCAGAGGCUCGGUCAGCAGGACAUGCAAGAUGAAUGGUCGCUGGACCGGGGCCAAUACUGUCUGUAACUCUGGAUCCCAGGAUUGUCCCCAUCCCGGGAUCCCAGCCGGAGGCUCGAAGACGGGGACCAACUACAAUAUCGGGUACAAGGUGCGAUACCAUUGCAACAACGGCCUGGUGCUGGUGGGGUCGAGCACCAGGGAGUGCGAGCGGCAGAACGAGUGGAGCGGACGGAUGCCAACGUGCCAACAUAAGAGUUCGUUUGAUACUCCAGACGACGUGGCUGAGGCUUUCACUGCCUCCCUAACCAGCACCUUGGGGUUGACACGGACUGACAGCGCAAAAACGCCUGAAUCUCACGCCCGGAAAAUCUAUGUCGGCAAAGACGCAGACCUGCACAUCUAUUUUCUGAUCGAUGCAUCGAACAGUGUGGGGCAAAAAAACUUCGAUCAGGCCAUCACUGUGGUGGCAAACCUCAUCGACAAGAUCUCUAGUUUCGACAUCAAGCCACGGUUCGGGGUGAUCACAUAUGCAUCGGGGCCAGAGGUCAUCCUCAACAUCAAUGACAAGGGAAGCAACAAUAUGGAGACUGUCAUGGAAGCGUUGCAAUCGGACAAGGCCAAAUAUGGAGCUCAUGGGGAUCGUAGAGGCACCAACAUCCAUGCGGCACUGGCAAAGGUGUAUGAGUCUAUGUCCUUUUCCAAGGUCUCACUCAAAGAGAAGUGGACGAAAAUCCGAUUCGUCACUAUAUUAUUCACUGAUGGGAAAGCCAAUAUGGGCGGCGAUCCACGAAAAGCUGUGAUUCAGAUCGAGGACUUUGUGAACGCAGGUGGAAAAAGGACAGAUUACCUGGACAUGUACGCGUUUGGCAUCACGCAGGGCGUGGAAUUGAUGGAGUUGGAUGGUCUUGCGUCAAAGAAACCCGACGAAACUCACACCUUCCUGGUGAAGAAGACUAAAGAUUUGGUCGAAGCUUUCAACAAAAAUAUUAGGUGGGGAGUUAGAAUGGAAUGCCUUUUAUUGUCAUUCAAACAGACAAGGUUUGAACAAAAUUUCAUUCCUACAGUCAUUCCUACAAAAAAACCCAAAGCACACACUUCAGUCUUGACCUCCAAGCUGUCAAGAGCAGAGGCGAGGGGAUUCUGGAAGUUGCAGCGGUUCGAUCGUGGCUCCCCAGUGGAUCUUGACUGCUGCUCAUUGCUUCACCAAACUGCUCGACAACAGUGCACACCAUCCCCCCAGUCACACCCACCCAUCUCUGUCUCUAUCGAUAGAUAUACGGAACCUAUAAUCGUGAAAAGCCUGGUCCAACACCCACGGUUCAACAUUGCGGCUAAAGUGGCCCAUAAUAUCACGCAAUUCUACGACUAUGAUGUCGCCUUGCUGGAACUGGAGACCAAGUUGGUCUUUAAUGACCGUAUCAGGCCGGUCUGCCUGCCCUGUACCCGCGCCACGACGCGCGCCUUGCGUAAAUCUCACCCCAUCACCCGAUGCAGCGACCACGAGUCAAUACUGCUGCCCACCGACACGGCGCCCACCGCAAGAUUCUUGAAACACAACCAGUUUGCCAACACGGUCAAAGGCACAACGAUCCACAUCCAAACCCCCGAGGUGUCACGGGCAGCAUGCGAGGAGAAUGCGCUCCGGGCUACAGAAUACCGGCACGUGCAAACUCUGGGCGACGUGGUGACGGACAGGAUGUUGUGUUCUGGGUCAGGGGAACGUGAGGAAGUCACCUGUAAAGGUGAGUCAGGAGGGUCGGUGUUCAUGUUCAGAAAAAGGCGCUACAUCCAGGUGGGGGUUGUGAGUUGGGGUGUGAUCAACGUGUGUGAAGCCCCUGAUGACGACCACAGUUUUGCGCGAGACUUCCACACCAACCUGUUCAAGGUGCAGCCGUUCCUCAGGUUUUGGCUGGGCAAAAUACUGGUCUUCAUCCGACUAGGGAGGAGACCCUGGAGGGGGGGGGUAGUGGGCCCGAACUAUUGUUCCACCCACUCCCCCCUCGCCCCUUACCCCCUCUCCUCCAUCAUCCCCACUCGA